AAACUUAAACCAUUAAUUCGUUUGGCUUAUAAAUUUUUGCUCCUUCUGUGAAGUGCACCAAGUUUGAGUUGGAGAUUCUCCCUCUCCUUUGCUUUCUGAGUAAAUAUAGCAUUACUGUUUUGCUUCUUUAAUUUUCUCAUUUUGUCCAUGGCCACCCUGCUAAACUCGUUCUCACCAGUUAAUCACCCAUCACCUGAAAACCCCAGAAGAAAAACUAGUACUGGUGGUAGUAGUGGGUUCUUCUUUUUCUCAACCAACAAGCUUGGGGUUUCACUUUCAAGAGUUUUGGCUUCUACCCAGAUAACCAUUUCACCAAAGGACACCGUUUUUACUCUUCCCAAUUGGAGACCAGGGAAUAAUGAUAAGAAAAAUGACCAGAGAAGCAAGGAGCUCAGGCUCAAUGAUGCCUUUCUCUACUUACAAUCCAUGGUGGUGGACAAAGGCCAAAAGCCUGAUGCAGCCCAAGCAACUCAGCUUCUCUAUGAUCUCUGCAAGAUCAACAAGUUGCGAAAGGCAGUGAGGGUGAUGGAGACGAUGGUCGGUUCCGGCAUAAUACCUGAUGCAGCUUCCUACACUCACUUGGUUAGCAAUCUGUGUAGGAGAGGCAACAUUGGUCAUGCAAUGCAAUUGGUUGAGAAAAUGGAUGAAUAUGGCUAUCCAACCAAUACCAUGACUUAUAAUUCCCUUGUUAAAGGCCUUUGUAUGCGCGGGAAUUUGAAUCAAAGCUUGCAGCUUUUGGAGAGAUUGAUGAAGAAAGGGCUUGUCCCCAAUGCCUUCACAUAUUCCUUCUUGCUUGAGGCUGCUUAUAAGGAGAGAGGUGUGAAUGAGGCUAUAAAGCUCUUGGAGGAGAUUAUUGCUAAAGGGGGUAAGCCUAACUUGGUUAGUUACAAUGUUUUGUUAACUGGGUUGUGCAAGGAAGGCAGGACUGAUGAGGCUAUCAGAUUCUUGAGGGAUUUGCCUCAAAUGGGGUUUAACCCGAAUGUCGUAAGCUACAACAUUCUAUUGCGGAGUUUGUGCGAGGAGGGUAGGUGGGAGGAGGCGAAUGUGCUUCUAGCAGAGAUGGAUGGAGAGGAGCGCUCUCCUUCUGUUGUUACUUACAAUAUUUUGAUUGGCUCUCUUGCCCAUCAUGGCAAGACUCAGCACGCAUUGGAGGUCAUCGAGGAAAUGGUGAGAGCACGGUUUAGGCCGACGGCUGCAAGCUACAACCCAAUAAUCGUACAUCUUUGUAAAGAGGGUAAAGUUGGGCUUGUUGUUAAGUGUCUGGAUCAAAUGAUGUAUAGGAGAUGCAGCCCUAAUGAAGGAACAUACAACGCUAUUUCCGUGCUUUGUGGGGAGGGAAUGGUGCAGGAGGCAUUUUCUAUAAUUCAAAGCCUUGGUAACAAACAAAAAUUGUCGACUCACGAGUUUUAUAAAAGUGUGAUCUCGAGCUUGUGUAGGAAAGGGAGCACGUAUGCAGCAUUUCAACUUUUGUAUGAGAUGACCAAGUAUGGAUUUACCCCGGACUCUUAUACCUACUCUUCUUUGAUUCGAGGGUUGUGUAUGGAAGGCAUGUUGGGUGAGGCAAUGGAGAUCUUUGGCAUAAUGGAAGAGAACAAUUAUAGGCCAGAUACUGAAAACCUCAAUGCCCUUAUACUCGGGUUUUGCAAAUCAGGGAGAACGGAUUUGUCUCUUGAGGUUUUUGGGGUGAUGAUUGAGAAAGGCUACAUCCCUAAUGAGACAACUUAUACUAUUUUGGUGGAAGGAAUUGCCCAUGAAGGAGAAGUAGAGUUGGCAGCCGAAGUUUUGAAAGAGUUGGAGAAGAGACAGGUUAUGAGUCAAAGAACAGUAGAGAGACUUGUUAUGCAGUAUGACCUUGAGGGUUUAACAUAGGGAGAUAUUUGUACUUUUCUACAAGUUCCCCCAAAAAAGAAAAAGAAAAGAACAAAAGUUACUUUUCAGUGACACAGAGAUUAUUACUCUGGUUGAGAUUCGUGUUCAGUUUUGAUUCUGCAGAUUGACUGCGUUGAAACGAGAGAGAAGAAACAUCUAUUUUCAUACAUUUUGAAAUUUACAUGAUCGUCAUACUUGUGUAAAUGGGCAAUCGACAAGUUAGAAAAUGAGAUUAGUUUUGUUUGGUAAUUUUGCGGAGAAGUCGUUUGUUUCUUCCCUAAUACGUUGUUAAUGCACGUUGGUUCUUUCUUGUUUCUUUCAAAGGAGAAAACCAAUUUCAGUUUU